UAUUCAUUGAGAAAAACAACCCUUCUAUCUUAUUCAUCAUGGUCUCUUUUCUGCUUCUGUUGUCCGUUGCGCUGCCAUGCGUGUCAGCUGGAGCGACACCCUUUGAUGGCAUUCCCAGCGUUGGCGCGCUAUAUCACGGCGACAUCAAGCAGCACUCCUGCAGCGCCAGCGUCAUUGCUAGCAAGAACGGCAAUGUGAUUCUCACAGCGGGCCAUUGCGUCAAGGGAACAGGAAAGGACCUCCAUUUUGCCCCGGGAUACCACGACGGCAAGACGCCUUACGGGACGUACCCCGUCACCGCCGCUUACGUCCACCCGGAAUGGAACAAGGACCACAACAUCAACCACGAUUACGCUUUCCUCACCGUUGGGAAGGGCACACACAACGGAAAGUCGGUCACGGUUCAGUCCGUCGUCGGCGGGAACAAGUUGGUCACCACGGCUGGCUACAAGAAUACCAUUGAGAUCGUGGGUUACAACAGCGGCGAGCAGAAGCCCGUGCACUGCCGUGUCGGCACCUACGAAGCCAAGGCUGGUCAACUCGGCAUCUCCUGCGGGCCCUUGAAGAGCGGCACGAGCGGAUCUCCCUGGAUCGCAGGCUACGAUGCCAAGACGAAGCGCGGUAAUGUCAUUGGCAACACCGGAGGAUGGCACACGGGCGGAUGCUCGCCCAGCGUUUCGUACUCGUCCAAGUACGGAUCCGGCACGCUCUCCGUGUUCAACAGAGCGAAUGCUGGGGGCAAUGGAGAUAAUGUCAAGGGCGGGGCUUCCAGCGGUUGCUAGAGGCCACAUGAGGUGGAGGCUGGAGGCGAACUUUUCUUGUCAUAGCCAACUGUGCG